AUGCUAUAUUUACUUAUCACUGUCAAUGUUGUGUCAUCAUUCAUCAUCCAUCCGAAUCAUACGUCCUCAACUUGCCAUAUCUUCUGCCUGAAGGAUAUAUUAAUAGAUUCUUCACGACAGGACUCGAUAUUGCUGUUUGGCAGACUUGCAGAGACCAAAGUGACUUUUUGCCCCGAACAACUUUCCCCUCAGGAACCAUAUGCAUGUUCAAUAACUAACACUAUUGACAAACAAAAACAGCCAAAGUGGACACAACUAUUUCUUCACAAUUGCGAAUUAUUAAAUUUUGAUUUAUUUGUAACAAGAUUGUCAUCAUUACACUUCUAUUGGCCAAUAUAUUUGGAUGGUACUAUAGUGGAGUCUGGAGUCUAUGAUGCCCUUAUAAAUGCCUUAUUUGCCAAAACACCAACUGAAUCACUGCUAGAACAGUUGACUGGUCAAUACAAACAACAAAUGUACACAAGAGUGAUGGUAAGAUCCGCCAUUAACAAGUUGCUAACCAAUUCACCCAUUCCAAAGAUACAGGGUCACAAGUUAUUUGAUCACAUUUGUAGUUUCGGAGACAAUAGUGCAAUUUGUAAACGAGACUUUGCACAAUUUAUUCGUACGGUUGAACCGAAGUUUGGACCAGUAUCAUUCAACGUUUUCGAGUCUCUCCUAAAAAUAGACACUUGA